UGCGCAUAAUUUGUGUCUCGACCGCCGUCUGACUAUCUGCCAAGCGGCGGCGAGCUCUCCCGGCGAAACCAAUCGAAAGGCGUAAAGGUGGAACGCUCGGAGCUCAAGAAGUCCACGCCUUGCAAUGGCGUAUCGUUCGGUGUUCGACGCUGGCGAAAUCACGUCGGAGUUCGACAAGGCCGGAAUCAGCUCUCAUUUCAUCCCCUGCAUUUGGAAAUGGGUGGCGCGAAACCCUAGCUGCGAGUGGAGCGACAUACCGUCGUUGCCCUCCGCCGCGUACUCGCUGCUGAAUUCAAAGUUCAAGCCUUUGACCUCGACCCUUCACUCCCGAGUCGAUUCUAGCGACCAAGUCACCACCAAACUUCUCAUCAAGUUACAGAAUGAGGCUUUUGUGGAGGCUGUGAUCAUGACAUACGAUACACGCCUAGGCAAAUAUUGUGGGAAACCCCGUCCAGGAGGUCCCAGGUCAACUCUAUGCGUAUCGUCUCAGGUUGGUUGCAAAAUGGGGUGCAAAUUCUGUGCCACCGGAAGCAUGGGAUUCAAAAGCCAUUUAUCAUCUGGAGAAAUCGUGGAACAAUUGGUUCAUGCCUCUCAUAUAUCCUCUGUACGGAAUGUCGUAUUCAUGGGAAUGGGAGAACCUUUGAAUAAUUAUACUGCAGUAGUGGAAGCUAUCCGUGUGAUGACCAGGUCACCAUUCCAGUUGUCACUAAAGAGAAUAACUGUGUCAACGGUUGGUGUCACUCAUGCUAUUAGCAAGCUUCAUAAUGAUCUACCGGGCGUGAACUUAGCUGUAUCAUUGCAUGCGCCAGUUCAAGACAUCCGUUGUCAGAUAAUGCCUGCCGCUCGUGCUUUUCCUCUGGAAAGACUUAUGGACACAUUGCAAGUAUAUCAAAAGAACAGUAAGCAGAAAAUCUUUAUCGAGUACAUAAUGCUCAAUGGAGUAAAUGAUGAAGAUCAGCAUGCCCACCAACUGGGCAAGUUGCUGGAGACAUUUGAUGUCGUUGUGAACUUGAUACCUUUCAAUCCAAUCGGCAGUAUUAGUCAUUUUAGAUCAAGCAGCGAUAUCAAAGUAUCAACUUUCCAGAAAGUGCUUAGGGGUACUUAUAACAUCCGCACAACAGUUCGUAAGCAAAUGGGUCAGGAUAUAAGUGGCGCAUGUGGUCAGUUGGUUGUGAAUCUUCCCAACAAGAGAUCCUCAGUUAAUGCGGAGCUCCUAACUGAUAUAGAGGAUAUACAUCUUUGAGUUUGUCAAAUCUGUUUGAGGAAGCAUUGGAGACUGGAUUUACUUGGACAAAGUGAGUACCGACAAAGUUCUCAGACAGUAGAUCGGUUGGACGGCUCACAAAUUCAGGAUUAGAAGUUGCCCAUUUCAGAGCUGUUCAAGUAAAGACUUUUACCCGUUGUCAAACCAUGGUUUAACAACCUAAUACGAGUUGAAACUCCCAAUUCCCCAGGUCACUGAUGUGACUCACAGUUGCAGAAGAUCUGACCGGCUAAUGUUUAUAUGUGCUCUCGCAUUCUUUCUGCUGAGAAGCGAUGCCACAAAAGGAUUUUCCAUUCUUGCUGAUACUUUGCCCCAUUUCCCAGCAAAUGAUGAGGAAAAGAUCGAGAUGAAGGGUUUGCAUUUUGCUUGAUGUAUUGAUUUUCUUACUCGUUUCUAGUUUUUGUUUCUUUGGUUCCCUUGUAUUGAGCCUUCUUAUUCAGUGGAUGCAUCGAUUUGAUUGGUCAUUAUGUCAUGAAGUUUUGCCUCAUUGUAUCAAAGGAUCAAGACCGAGUUAAUGCAAA